AUUGCAUUACGUCAGUCUUCAUUCGUAAUAAAUUUGAAAGUGUUGUAAUUCAUUUUUAUUUUAUUUUUUGAAUAUUAAAAUUAAAUUACAACGUAAAAAUGAAAUCUAUAUUAAUAAUUGCAACUUUAGUGACUAUUUCAUAUGGAAUACCUGCUGGUGAAGUAUCUACUCAGCCUAUGCAACUGUCUGAAUUGAUAACUCAAGCUCAAGCAAGUAUAAAUAAUUUUGGGGAAGAACUACAAAAAAAACUUAAUCUUCCUGACCAAGAAUCUGUUGCUAAGGCAAUUCAAGCUCAAACUACAAAUUUUGUUACCAACGUCCAAGAUUAUGUUAAAAAAGUAUCUGAGGAUAUAAAAACGAAAAAUCCUGAGCUAGAAAAAAUCUGGGACGAUAUCAAAGGAAAAUUCACUAAAGUUGCUGAUGAUAUUAAUUCACAAAUUCCAAAUGCUCAGGAACAAGCAAAUCAACUUAAAGAAAAAUUAACUCAAGGAUUUAAUGUUCUCGUUGAGGAAUCGAGCAAAGUUUCAAAGGCAAUUGGCACAGAUUCGGAAAAAAUCCAAGAAGAUGUAGGAAAAAUUACGAAACAGGCUGUUGAGCUUGUCCUUGAAACAACUAAAAAUUUUGAAACUAAAUUGCGUGAAUUGGCCGUUACUGAAGCCCCAAAAUAAAUUAUGCGAAAAUAAUAUAUUUAUGACUUGAAUAUUUAUCCACUUUUUUUUUUUUUUUCCUAUUUAAGUCAAUAAAUUAAAAAAAUUUUUAUUAUUCGUUAAAACAUCAAAUUGACAAUUUUUGAUCUACUUUAUAUCAAAUAACUGCAUUUCAGUAAAUUAUAAUGAGGUCAAUGUAAUCAAAAUUUUUCUGUAAUUGGAAUUUUUUUUGUCAGCAUAUUUUUUAAAGUAAAGAAUAAGCUUGUAGUCAGUAAUAUGUUUAUUUUAUUAUCAUACUUUUGAGAAUACAGUACAAGCACUUCUGUUGUGUAUAAAACUUGUUGUUUAAAUAAAUUUUUUACUUAAAAAAUUUUAAUUAUUACAAU